GCAAGGUGUGGUUUCUAUCCAAAAGUGGUCAGCUUCCGUCUAUUCACAGCAGCCCAUUAUCUGCGGAACAAGUGACGGUGAGGGGAGAGGUGCGCGGUCCGUCCUCUGUCUGGACAGCAGAGAAAAACGACUCAAACUUGAAUACUUUCUUCAAACAUUAAAAACCAACAACAACAACUCGGCAACCAUGAAUAUGUACGGCUCGAACCCUAGACUGGCCAGCGCGGGCCAGAGAAGUAACUCGCGACAAGAUUUGUCGAAUAUGGCGACUUUAGGUCGAAACGACGUGUUCGUCGGUGGAAACGGUUUCCAGGGAGAUUACCAAGGCCAGGGCGCCACCUACACCUCCUUCUCCCGGACCUCCAUGCACGGCGGGGGGGCAGCGAAAGCACAAGUCCUCGCCAUGGGUGCGGGCGGAGGUGGUGGAAUGAAUGUCCAGGUAAUUCAGCAAAAAGCUUUGUUCCUGACAAGCCAGUGCCAGGAUUUCCUGCAGAGAGCGAAUAUGAUAUUCCAGGGUGGGGGCCCAGCUGUGGAGGUAGACCAACUGUUGAUCAUGGCUGCAGAAACCAUGGAGCAGAUGAAGGUCUAUGGCAGAGAGCUGCAGCAAAUGCGUAUACCUAAUGACAUCUUCAGAAGCUUAGAACAGUUCCAGCACAUGCAUGGUGAUUUGCAACAACAAUUAGUCGGUAGUAGGACCAUACGACGGAACAGAGGCAGCGUGGGUUCCAUUGAGGGGGGGAGGAUCUUUAAUGAUGCCGUGGCUUGGAUUACCCAACAGAAGCGCAUGAUUGAGACAGCUCCAUGGGGAGAUGAUGCCGAAACCAUAGAAAAACAAAUCGUAAACCAAAACAAAAACCACAGCUCUAUCCAGAGGAGCCAAGAAGUAGACCGUGCCAGAGAUGAACUGAGAGGCGACAAGUACAACCUUUCCAUCCUGGAACAAGAAUGGGAAAGCUUACAGAAAAUGUCCCACAGCCGUGUGGUUCAGCUCCGAGAACUUAAGGACAUCAUCGGGGAGAUCUCCCGAGCCAUCAUGUGGGUGAAUGAGAGAGAGGAGGAAGAGCUUAUGUUUGACUGGGGAGACAAGAACAUCGACCAGUAUAUCCCUAGGAAGCAAGAGAGCUACUCAGGGCUGAUGAGGGACCUGGAGGAGAAAGAGAAGGAGCUAAACAAGCUCAAAGUGAAAGCCGAUGGACUUGUGAACAACAACCACCCUGCCUCAGAUAAGAUUGAAGCCUACAUGGACACUUUACAGACCCAGUGGAGCUGGCUGCUGCAGAUCACCAAGUGUAUCCAUGUACAUUUGAAAGAGAAUGCUGCCUACAGCCAAUUUUUCAAGGAGGCCAAUGAGACCUAUGCAAAGCUGCAGAAGGAGUGUGAGGCUAUCCGAAACAAGUACACGUGCGACAAGAACACCACACUGGAUAACCUCACUGAACUCCUGAAAAACCUAGAGAAAGAUAAGGAGCGAGUCAUGGAGAAUAAGAGGCAGGUCCAAAGUCUGGUCAACAAAUCUAAGACCAUUGUCAGGUUGAAACCUCGCAACCCUGAGGAAAAGAUCAGCAGCCCUGUUAUUGUACAGGCCUUAUGUGACUUUAAACAAGACCAGAUAGGGAUUUCAAAAGGGAAUGAGGGCAUCCUGAAGGAUAACACGCAGCGCAGCAAGUGGCUUGUGACGGGACCUGGAGGUAUGGACAUGUUGAUUCCUUCGGUGUGUCUGCUGAUCCCCCCACCAAACCCGCUCAGCAUCGGUCUCGCCAACAAGAAUGAGCAGUAUUAUGAAGCCAUCAUGAGCAUCUGGAAUCAGCUCUACAUCAACAUCAAGAGUCUCAUCUCAUGGCAAUACUGCCUCAAAGAUGUGAAUUACAUCAACUCCCUCACUGUCAGCAUGCUGUCUAAGAUGCGUCCCGACGAGUACCGCAAUAUCAUCAAAAGACUGGAGACUCACUACCAAGAGUUCAUGCGUACCAGCCAAGGUUCUGAGCUGUUUGGGGAAGAGGAGAAGAAAACCAUGCAGGGCCAAUUUGAUAAAGCCCAAACCUACUAUGAUACACUGAUUAUCCAGCUGCCUGCUUAUAAGGACGAAGGGGUGAAGCCUGAAAAUGUCAAGCCUCCGACUCCCCCAGCCAGUUCUACCAUCAGCCUUACCCUGCUCCACAGUCUGCAAGAACUUCGACGCAGGCUGGAGCUGGCUGAGUCCGGUCUCACCAGUCAUUUACACGUCCCCCUGGGAGACAAUAGUGUGCAUGAGUGCUCAGUGCACAUCCAGAAGCUGCAGACUGUGCACCAAGACUUGGACUCCAUUCAUGAUGAGUACCUGCGACUAAGAGAAAAGAUUAUAAAGCAGCUUGAAGGGAUACCUGCAGACUCUGAGCAUGCCAAGUUUCUCCGCUCUGAACUAGAAAUUAUCAACCAAAAACUAGGAGGCCUGCAGGGUCUCUACCCAGCCUACCUUCAAAGGCUGUCGGCUCUUAAGGCCUUGCUCCAGAGCCUACUCCAGGCUGAAGAUAUCAUUAAAGUCAAUGAGGCCCGGCUGACAGAGAAGGAGACCACCUCUCUGGACCCUCGAGAGGUUGAAAAAUAUCGGAGCACGCUAAAGCAAAUGAAGAGUGAUCUGGAGCAAAAACGAGACUUGCUGACAGCCAUGGAGUCUGACCUGGCUAAAGCAGUGCACUGGAAUGGUCAAAUGUCUGCACCUUUCCACAAGUGUGACGUGGACUUGUCCAAGUUCUCCGACCUGGUGGGUCAGAUGUCUGACCGCUGGCGCCGCAUCCAAACCCAGAUUGACAGCAGAGUGUGGGACUUGGAGAAGCAGGAAAAACAGCUGAAUCAUUAUCAGCAGAGCAGCACUCAGCUGGAACAGUGGAUAGACAAUGCCAGGAAGCGCCAGGACACCCUUCAGCUAGUUAAACUCAGCAACAUCCAGACUCUAAUGGACCACCUCAACCAACAGAAGGCACUUCACACUGAAAUUAAAGGAAAGAAGGAGAAAGUAGAGGUUGUGCAGAAAAACGCAGACACAUGUGCUUCCUCCAUAAAGGACUAUGAGCUGCAGCUUGCUUCUUAUAGUUCGGGCCUGGAAACUCUUCUUAAUAUUCCUAUCAAGAGAACAAUGUUGCAGUCCCCUGCUUCUGUGGUCAGACAAGAGGCGGCUGACCUCCAGUCCAACUACAUAGAGCUACUCACCCGCUCUAGUGACUACUACAAGUUCCUUGGGGAGCUACUGAAGAACAUGGAAGAGCUUAAGAUCAGGAACACCAAGAUCGAGAUGCUGGAGGAGGAACUAAAGCGUCUGAAGGACGACAUCCAGGACCGUAACCAGAAAAACAAGUCUCUUGAGGAUGCUUUGGCCCGCUGUAAGCUGGACCUCACUCAAUCACGAGAUCAGCUCAUUUCUAUGGAGGAAGUGAAAAGAACCACAGCAAUACAAGUCAGCGCUACCAGGGAGAGCCUGGACAGCACACACAACCAGCUUCAAGAUCUCAACGACCAGCUGACCCGCAUUAAAUACCAGCUGGAUGAAGAGAAGAGGAAACGAGUAUUGGCAGAGGAACGCUACACCAGCCAGCAGGAAGAGUAUGAGGCGGCUCUUCGCCGCAGACAGAAAGAACAGGAAGAAUUCAACUGGACCAAAAUUGACCUGGAAAAGUCUGUGAAAGACAAGGACCAUGAACUGCAGAGGAUGAAGAUACUGCUAGACGAGGAAGCGACUCGUCGACGAAACGCUGAAUCAGAAAUGUCAAAGGUAAGAUCACAGUGCACCCAGGAGGUUAAUCAGCUUAAGCAGACAUACGAGACACAGAUCCACGUUACCAAGUCCACGAUCCUAAAAGCCUCACAGCAGAAAGAAGAAGACACAGCAGGACUGAGACUGCAAGUUGACAGACUCACUGCCGAGAAGAAAGAUCUAGAGGAGGAGCUGAGGAGACUGAGGCAGUCCAUUGCUCACACAGAAGAGCAGAAAAGCAGAGCAGAGCAGGAGGCCAGCCAGCAGAGGGCCUCAGUGGUGCAAGAAACAAGGAUGCGCAGCGAGUUGGAGAUUCAGCUGAGAACACUCAUGCAGCAGGGAGGACAGGAUGAGCUCAAACUGAAGGAGGCCAUCAAAAACAAUCAGGAGAAAUCCAGGCAGAUCAGCAUGCUAACCUUUAACCUGGAGGAGGAAGGGAAGAAGAGGAGAGCUCUGGAAUUGGAAAUCAAUCACCUGAAACAGGCGGAGGCAGACCUGAAGGCAAAGAACACCUCCUAUCUGGAGUCCAUUAACAAGCUUAAAGUGUACGAGCAGGAGAUCAGCAUCACCCGAGUACAGCUGGAGAAGCAGACCAGUGAGAAAUCCCAGGCUGAGCAGAAUUCUGUCAGGAUGCAGAGCCGUAUCCGAGAACUUCAGUGCUCUCUGGAUGGAAUGGAAGCAGAGUUGGAGAAGCAAAAGAAGACAGCCCAGGAGGAGUUCACACGUAGAAAGAGAAUGGAGGCAGAGUUGGAGAGGAUGACACAUACUUGCAGAGAGCACACCACCACAAUUAGCACACUGAAGUCUAUCCAGCUAGAGACUUCCAACUCUGGAAGGAAGUAUGAGCAGGACAUCAGUGCCCUCCAGGAGGCUUUGGACAAGAGUCUGAAAGAGCAUAAAGUCACCAAGCAAGAACUGGCAGCUGUCAUGGCUGAGCUGAGGACCCUUAAACAGAAACUCCAGCAGGAACAGGCUCGGACACAUGAGCUCAACCAACGCAAUGAGAGCCUGUAUAAGACCAUUGAGGAGAAGAGCCGCCAGCUUAACGAAUACAUAACCGAGAUUGAAAAGCAGAAGACUCUGACGCAGAACCUGACCAAGGAGAGACUGAGGUUGGAUGAGGAGCUGAGGACAGUUAGACAGGAGAGAGAUGAGCUAAAGCAUAGUAAAGCCACUAUUGAUGGAGAGAGUGCCACUCAGAUCUCAGCUUUGCAUGUCCAACUUCAGAGUAGCACCAAGAAGACAGCCGAGCUCCAGGCUCUCAUCAAUGACCUGACCAAGGAGAGAGAAAAGCUUAAAUUGGAAACAGACAAAUUCCAAAAGCAAUCAAUCGAGACAUCCAUGAUGGUGCAUGAAUCCCAAAGCCAAUACAGUGAGCUGCUGCUGCAGAGGGACAGCUUGCUAUCUAAGCUUAAAUUGCUGGAGCAGGACAAGACUCGUCAGCAGCGCGUAGAAGAGGAACUCAGCCGCAUCAAGCUGACACUAGAGACGGAGCUCCGCAACAAACAGCGGCUGCAGGAGGAAAAGAAUGCUGCCCUCAAGGAUUUCAACUACAUGAAGAGCCAGUACGAGCUGAGAGACAGCCACAUUAGGCAGUUUGAAUCAGACAGAGACAAGGCUGAACGAGACAGGCUCUCCCUGAAGAAUGAAAUUGAGAGGCUCAUGAGGGAGCUAAAGAGUGUAGAGGAGAGGUACAAGAGUCGUCUGUUGAUCUCUGAAAAGGAGGCAUCAGAACUGGCUCUCAAGAGAGAUGCCCUGGAGAGAGAGAUACACAGGUUGCAGCAGAGACCCAGCGCUCAGGCCAAGCAGACCCAGACAGAUGAGAAGGUCCCAACAAUCGAUCCAUCCAAGCUGAUAUUUGAUGGGGUGCGCCACAAAGUCACAGCCCACCAGCUUUGUGACUGUGAUAUAAUCAGUAAAGCCACGCUAGACCAGCUCCUAAAGGGGAAAAAGAGCGUGGAUGAGGUAGCUGUGGACAUCCAGCCCAGUCUUAAGGGUACCGGCAUAAUUGCUGGCAUGACAUCUGCUUCUCAAGGGAAAAUGCCAUUCACUAAAGCAAAAAACAAGAAUCUCCUCAGCCGGGAGAGUGCCCUAAUGCUCCUGGAAGCUCAAGCUGCAACAGGCUACAUAGUGGACCCUGCAUUUAAUGAAAAGAUGCCUGUGGAUACUGCCUGCUCAAGAGGAAUUGUAGACACAGAAGACAGAGACACCUUGGUGACAGCUGAAGCAGCUAGCACAGGCUUUAAAGAUCCAUACACUGGCAGUGUUAUCGUAGGUCAGGCUUGCAAACAGGGCCGCGUAGACAAAGUCACAACCAUCCGCUUGCUCCAGGCUCAGGAGUCUGUUGGAGGUAUAUUAGACCCUGUUCUGAGUGUGUUCCUUCCAAUAGAUCUGGCUUUGGAUCGCAAUCUUAUUGAUGAGGAGCUCUACAGGGCUUUGGCCAAAAAACCCACCUGCUACCUGGAGCCAGCGACAGGACAGAAGAUAAGCUAUAAUGACUUAAGGAAAACGUGUGUGGUGGAACCUGUUUCUGGCUUGCUUCUACUCCAAGAAAAGUCAAGUCAAGAAAAGCCCAUGACAGUAAAGGGUCUUCGUGGUGAAGUUGCUGUUAGUGACCUUGUCAACUCUGACCUGCUGGAUGAAACUGAUUUGGCAAAGCUCAAAGAGGGCAAGCUCACCAGCAGAGACAUUGAAGACAAGCUGAAGUCUUAUCUAUAUGGCUCUACCUGCAUUGCAGGGAUCUACGAUGAGGCCAAUGACCACGUAAUGCCUUUCUAUCAGGCAAUGAAGGAAGGCCUGCUCAUGAGAGGAACCACCCUGGAGCUUCUCGAGGCCCAAGCUGCCUCUGGCUUUAUUGUUGAUCCAGUCAACAAUGUGUUUUUGACAGUAGAGGAGGCCUCAAAGAGAGGUCUGAUAGGAAAAGAGUUCAAGAAUAAGCUGCUGUCUGCAGAGAAGGCAGUAACUGGAUACACAGACCCAUCUACAGGAAUGACAAUCUCCCUCUUCCAGGCUAUUGAAAAAGACCUUAUUGAGAAAGGUCAUGGAAUCCGCCUUCUUGAGGCCCAAAUUGCCAGCGGCGGGAUUAUUGACCCCAAAGAGAGCCACCGUAUUGAUGUUGCUGUUGCAUAUAAAAGGGGAUACUUUGAUAAAGAGAUGAAUGAGAUCCUAACUUAUGAAGGAGAUGAUACAAAAGGGUUCUUUGACCCUAAUACUAAGGAAAACCUGACAUAUCUUCAACUUAAGGACAGGUGCAUAACAGAUCGCAAAACAGGCCUAAUACUCCUGCCACUUAAAGAUAAGAAGAAGCCCCAGAAGUCACAGGAGAGCCGUACCAAUAUCCUGCGCAAGAGGCGAGUUGUGAUUGUUGACCCAGACACUGGGCUGGAGAUGUCAGUGAGGGAGGCCUAUCACCGGGAGCUAAUUGACUAUGACACUUUCCUGGAGUUGUCGGAGCAGGAGUGCGAGUGGGAGGAAAUAACUAUUAAGGGGUCUGAUGGCUCUGCACGUUUGGUGAUAGUGGACAGGAAAACAGGAACCAAAUAUGACAUCCAGGACUGCCUGGACCGCGGUGUCAUUGACCAGAAGUCUUUGGAUCAGUAUCGUGGCGGAACGCUAACCUUGACGGAGAUUGCUGACCAAAUAACCAGCAGAACCAGCAGCACAGAGAUGACCAUUGCAGCCAUCAACGUUGAUGACAUGGUCACCUGCAGCACUCCCACCCAGGGCGCACCAUCUUCUCCAACCGUCCGUAAACGCUUCAACAGCAUUUCAAUCACUGUUUCUCCCCCUGACAUGUUCGAUGACCAAAGCCCUGUGGCAGCUAUAUUUGACACAGAGACCUUGGAGAAAAUCACUAUGUCUGAAGCGCUCCGAAGAGGCAUAGUUGACACUAUUACAGCACAGAGGCUACUGGAGGCCCAAGCAAGCACAGGUGGUAUUAUCAACCCUGCCACUGGUGAGAGACUGUCACUGCAGGAUGCUGUCCAUCAGGGUAUCAUUGAUGAAAGCAUGAGCGCUAAGCUGAAACCUGCCCAGAAAGCCUAUGUUGGUUUCGAGGAUGUGAAGACUAAAAGAAAGAUGUCUGCUGCAGAGGCAGUGAAGGAGACAUGGUUGCCCUAUGAAGCUGGCCAGAGAUUUUUGGAGUUUCAGUACCUGACAGGAGGCCUGAUAGAGCCUGGCACUGAACGUCGCAUCACCAUUGAAGAGGCUAUCCGCAGAGGUUGGCUAGAUGGUCAAGGGGCCCAGAAGCUUCAGGAUUCACGGAAUCACCAGAAGAACCUGACCUGUCCUAAGACAAAACUGAAGAUCUCCUACAAGGAAGCCAUGGACAGCUGCAUGGUGGAAGAAAGCAAUGGUAUGAAGAUGCUGCAGGCCUCCUCAAUGUCCACCAAGGGAAUCAGCAGCCCUUACAAUGUUUCUAACCCAGGGUCACGCUCUGGGUCCAGGGCCGGUUCGCUAGCCGGUUCCAGGAAUGGAUCUCGUAGAGGCAGUGUAGAUUACUCCUCUACUUACAGCUAUAGCUUCUCCUCCAGCAGUACCAACUUCAGCUCUAACACUCUCUCUUAAUACACAGCAUAGAAAAAAAGAAUGAAACUAGAGUAGUUAUACCCAGCCUUGGUGUUUUAAGUACUUUCAUAACAGUUUGCUUUUCUAAUCUUCUUCUGCAACCUAUGAUAUUGUGGGAGGUUUGUUUAAAUACUGACUCUGAUUCUAAGUGUUUGCAGUUUUUGGGUGAUUUGGUGUUUCAAUAUUAUACGUAAUGCGGGUUUAAUUAAUGCUGAAAAAAAUGUUAAAUGAAUAUAUUUUCCAAGGCACAUUUUAACAUAUGGCUUUGUUUUAGAAUGUAACAAUUUGUUAUUUCAAAAUAUGGUUGUUCAACUUAGCUUCAGCAUGCAGUCAAAAUUACUAUUUUUUACUCCUAGUUUUUUGCAGCUUGACUUUUAUGUUUUUAACAUUCUUUGGUUAAUUGCUGAUGCUGAGGUUUAGUUUAAAAUGUAAUGAUCACUAACAUGUUAUUCUCACAUGAUCAAAAAUAAAGUUGUCAUAAAAAUUU